AUGGCUCCCAAAUCCGCGUCAUCCUCCUCGUCGGAGAGUGAAAGCCGAUCGUCUUCUCCCGAAACAACCAAGAAGACCGCGCAAUCUUCGAAUUCGGAAUCGGAGCAGGAUUCGUCAAGCGGCUCCAGCGAAGGCGAGAGCGACAAUGAAAGCGCUUCUUCCGCCGAGGGAUCAGACAGCGAGUCUGAAGAAUCGUCCGACGAGUCUUCGAAAGUGAAGACCAUCGCCGCGCAGCCAUUCAAGGCCCCCUCCGGUUUCAAAUCCGUGAAGAAACAAUCGCCGCCUUCCUCCGGUGUCGCCUCCGCCUUGUUCGAUCUCCGCGGCAAACAGAUCUUCCACGUCUCCGCACCCGCCUCCCUCCCUCUCUCGAAAGUCAAGGAGAUCUCGCUGGCCAAGGUCAUGCAGGGCGAGCCCGUCAUGAAGCACGAUGGCGUGGCAUACGGAAUCCCCGCCGAGGGCAUGACCAACGGCGACGGGGCCGCGAACACGCUCGUCACCUACGACCCCAAGACCCAGACGUAUACUCCUACGAUCGCGAACAACAUCCACAGCUACCAUGUGCAGGAGCUGGUCCAGAUCCCCAACCUAUCAGAGCUGGAUGGCAAAGUACGGGAAGCGGCGCAGGAACAGGUCGUCCCCCCCAGAAAACAACCCAAGCACUUGAAGAUGCGGUUCCGCCCCGUGGGAAGCCGCAAUGCACCAGCCGAGACGAUCGGGUCGAGCUCGGAAGAGUCGGAGGGAGAGGCGCCUACGUUCAAGGUCCCCAAGGGUGCCAAUCUCGACAAGGAGGAAAGAAAGCGUAAACAACACCCUACCGAGGCCGAAGAGAACACGGCUAGCGGCGAGCCCCGGAAGAAGUCUAAGAAGCACGAGGACGGAGAGAAGAAGAAGUCCAGCAAGAAUAAGGAAGAGAAGAAGCGGAAGAAGUCGAGCAAGUCCGCAUGA